GACUGUCCAUAUAAUCUGCCAUCUUCGCUGUCAUAGAGUGGAAGUAAAAGUCAUGAUCACCUGAUUGGUUACAAUUGACUAGAUUAUUCGAUCAUCUGUAUUACUUUCUAUUGCUAGUCGCUUUUGAUGUUUUAAAAAUGAAAUUCUGACAAUGAAAUGCAGCAUCCAUUAAGAUGACUUCAUUUUAUGUUUCGCGUUUUGCUUGUUUGAAAUCAUCAACAUGAAAGGUAAAGUGCCCUUUGUAUCAGCUGUUUCUGUUGUAGGUCACUUACAGUUAGCCAAUCAGUUUCCAGGGCCUUUGAUGCCUUUGUUAUUAAACCCGGUUUGCAAACUCCUGUAGUUCAUUCAGCACUAUGAUGGUGACAAGCUCUAGAGGUGCGGUAGACAUUUUCGAAAGUACGACCUGUGAUCUUCCAAAGUCCCCAUUGUCCUCCGCAAAGCGCCCCAAGAAAAGCCGCCGGCUUAAAAAGCAGUCAGACGUUUCUGAAGAGAAGCCACAGACAUCACCUCAACAUACUGAUCACUGCCUCUCAGUCAAAGAUGAAUUCAUUUCACCCAGCAGUCUUUCAUCCCACCAAAUGUACAGUUUUUAUCCACCCUCAAAUUCAUUCAGCACUCGAUAUCAAACAUUUUAUCAUCUUAUUCAAGAAAAGUUAUACGCUUCCCUAUGUCAAGAAAAUUUACUGCACGUUGAUAAUGAACAUCUGCUGGCUGUUAAUUCGCAUCUUGAUGACAAAAUAGAUUCAGCGCUGAGAACAGAAACUUUGUCUAAACUUUGGUCGUUGCACAGUGCCUACUAUUCCCUUUCUUCCCUUACUUUCUGCAAGGCUGUUUGCCUAAUGGAUUUACUCAUUAUUAAAGUCAGGGUUAAACCUAAAUACGCAAUGUGUGUAGCUGCCGCAUGUUACUACAUAACCUCUAAAUUCGAACGCUCAUCGGAUCAUAUUUUACCCACACCGGAAAGCCUCGUAACAUUAUCGAGAUGCGGAGGCACGGCUGCUGAUUUAACGCGAAUGGUAGAAAUUAUCCUAACAAAAUUAGGACCUUCCAAUGUUGCUGCCAUUGGUGCAUGUUCAGCGACAGCCAUUGAUUUUCUUUCCAUCUUUUCUCCUCUCGGUAUUUCGUCGCCUCACCAGACAACGGAGUCAGAAAAUCAGAAUGUUUGGUUACCACCUCUUCCUAUUUCGCUCUGUCGUCAGGUUGAAAUCGCCUUGAUUUCUUCUGAAGUAUCAUGUUUUCGUCCUGCAUGUCUUGCUUUGGCAUUGCUCAGUCAACGUUGUUUUGAUUCAAAUAUAAGACCGACAGAAUCAGCUGACGACGACUGGUUACAGUUUCACACAACUGAUCUGUUCAACUUGGCGGUUUUAUGCAAUGUUCCUUGGGCUGAUGUUGGUGCAUGUUCAUCCUUGUUAAAGGCAGCACUUAAAACCACAUCAGAAUCCUAUACAGUUCAAGACUAUCCUUCUUCCCGUCUACUAGGCAGCUCACCACCACUUGUGUGGACUUUAUCCCGGCGUACUCAACGCAGCAUUUCAACUUCUUCUCCUCCAACUCUUUCGACUAUUUCUGAAAAGGAUGAAGAGUUAGUUCAAUUAGAAAAUACUUUGACAAGUGUGAAUUUGAGUCUUGAAAAUGUAUGCUAG